AUGCCUGUGAUCACAUCUCUAUUUGGUUUUGUCUCCUCGUUUGAGAAAGCCAAUGUGUGCUCUGCCAAAGCCCCUAGACAGCCUCAUUCUUGGCAGGUAAUUUCUCACCCAUCACUAAGUCGUCUAAAGAAAGAGCACCUUACUUUCUGUUUACCUUCUAGGGGCAACCACUUCAUUGUCUCUAGAAGCAGAGUUAGGAAUCCCUUUGGAGAUGGAAGGCAAUGUUUGGAAAUUUCUUUGGCUCAAUGCCCAUCUUUGUCCCCUGUCAGAAAAACCAGAAGUGUUUUAACUUUGGACUAA